AUGCCCUGCCAAGACUCAACGGCCCCGGUGAUGGGUAACUCGUGCGCCCAGGGCCCCUCGAAUGCCAGCUAUAACACCAACAACGCGCCGGUGCCAGUCAUCACUCAAACGGACUCCAGGGACAAAUGGAGCAAAAAGAUGGAUUUCCUCUUAUCUGUCAUUGGAUUCGCAGUAGACUUGGGAAACGUUUGGAGAUUUCCAUAUAUUUGUUAUCAAAACGGAGGAGGUGCUUUUCUCAUCCCUUAUAUCCUGAUGGCCAUCUUUGGAGGGGUGCCACUAUUUUACAUGGAGCUGGCGAUGGGUCAGUUCCACAGGACAGGAGCUAUAUCCAUAUGGAAGCACAUCUGUCCCAUUUUCAAAGGCAUCGGGUUUGCCAUCUGCAUCAUCGCUCUCUACGUGUCCUUCUACUACAACACCAUCAUCGCCUGGGCUCUGUUCUAUUUCUACUCCUCCUUCGCCAGCACGCUACCCUGGACCAACUGCGACAACGUGUGGAACACGGAGAACUGCACCAACUACUUCGGGAAAGACAACGUCACCUGGAACAACUACUCCAGGUCUCCAGCGGAAGAGUUUUACACGAGGAACGUUCUAGAGAUCCACAAGUCUCCGGGGCUCCACAACGUGGGGAGCGUCCGUUGGCAGCUGAUGCUCUGCCUCUUCCUGAUCUUCACCAUCGUGUACUUCAGCCUGUGGAAAGGAGUGAAGACGUCAGGCAAGGUGGUGUGGGUGACGGCCACCCUGCCCUACGUAGUCCUCUUCAUCCUGCUGAUCCGGGGAGCCACGCUGCCGGGCGCCUGGAGAGGGGUGGUGUUCUACCUCAAGCCCAAGUGGGAGAAGCUUCUGGAGACAAGCGUGUGGGUGGAUGCUGCAGCUCAGAUAUUCUUCUCUCUGGGACCAGGGUUUGGAGUCUUACUGGCGCUCUCCAGCUACAACCCCUUCACCAACAACUGCUACCGCGAUGCCAUCGUGACCAGUCUGGUGAACUGCCUGACAAGCUUCGUGUCUGGGUUCGUGAUCUUCACAGUGCUCGGCUACAUGGCUGAGAUGAGGAAGGUGGAGGUGGAGGAUGUGGCAAGGGACAAAGGUCCCAGCUUACUGUUCAUCACGUACCCAGAAGCCAUCGCCAACAUGAUGGGCUCUACGUUCUUCGCCAUCAUCUUCUUUGUGAUGAUGAUCACCCUCGGGCUGGACAGCACGUUUGGAGGUCUGGAGGCCAUCAUCACGGCCGUGUUGGAUGAAUACCCUGGGUACCUCUCCCACAGGCGGGAGCUGUUCGUCCUCGUCCUGGUGAUCGUCUGUUUCCUAGGCUCCCUCAGCACCCUCACCAACGGCGGGGCAUACGUGGUCAAGCUUCUGGAGGAGUUUGGCGUGGGCUCCUCCAUCAUAGCUGUUGUUUUCCUCGAAGUUAUCGCCGUGUCAUGGUUCUACGGGAUCCAGAGGUUCAGUAACGACAUCCAAGCCAUGCUAGGAUAUGCUCCCGGACUGUUCUGGAAGGUCUGCUGGGUAGCCAUCAGUCCAGCCUUUCUUGCGUAUAUCAUAGUGAGCUCCCUAUUGAAGACUCCUCCCCUGACGCUGUUCGACUACAAGUACCCCGACUGGAGCAUCUCAGUAGGGUACGUGAUCGGAGCCUCCUCCUUCAUGUGGAUCCCCAUCUACAUGGUCUACAAGCUGGUGUGGACACCCGGAUCCCUCAAACAGCGCCUUGCGGUGUGCCUGCGACCGGAGAGGACUGUUCCAGACAUCCACACAGACAACCUCAACAUGACGCCCAUCCCGUAG